AUGAUACAAGAAAGGCAAGCUCAAGGUGGAGAGAAGAGAAUCUGCUGGUCCUUGAAGCUGUGGUCCAUUGCUCUGAUUUCCAUCAUACUCCUCAGUGCUUGUUUCAUUGUGAGCUGUGUCGUGACUUACCAUUUUACAAGUAACAAAUAUGACAAAAGACUGUCUGUACUACACACAUAUCAUUCAAAUCUAAUCUGCUUCAGUGAAGGGACAACAGUGGCAGUCUGGGGAUGUUGCCCAAGUACUUGGAAGCCAUUUGGUUCAAGCUGCUACCUCAUUUCUACUGAACAACAUUUUUGGUCUAAGAGCGAAGAGAAAUGUGCUGAAAUGGGGGCACAUUUGGUGGUGAUUAAUACAGAAGCAGAACAGAAUUUCAUUAUCCAGCAGCUGAAUAAAACAUUUUCUUAUUUUUUGGGGCUCUCUGAUCCACAAGGUAAUAAUAAUUGGCAAUGGAUUGAUCAUACACCUUUCGAAAAAAAUGUCAGAUUCUGGCACCAAAAUGAGCCCAAUUUUUCUGCAGAGCAGUGUGCUACAAUAGUUUUCUGGGAAUCUAGAGGAUGGGGUUGGAAUGAUGUUUUCUGUGAUUCUAAAAGGAAUUCAAUAUGUGAGAUGAAGAAGAUUUACCUAUGA